AUGAAAAGAAAAUUAUAUUUUCACAAAAAACAAUUAAUUCAAACAAAUUCAAAUAAUAAAAUUAAACAACCAAGAAAAUAUUUAAGAUAUAAAAAUAAUAUAGCUAAAGUAUAUGAAGUAAAUACUCAUGGAAAAUUUACAAUAAUAAUUCGUAGGUCAUUUAUUCAAUUACCUAUUCAUUCAACAACAAAUAUGAAUCCAUGUUAUUCAUAUGAUUUAUUAUCUCGAUGUGAUUCAAAACUAUUUUUACAAUCAAAUUUAAAUAAUAAUCAUUAUUUAGUUCAAAAUAGAAAAGGAAAAACAUGGAAAUCAAUGUAUGAAAAAUCGAAUACAGAGACAGAAUCAUCAACAUUUACUGUUCAUAUAUAUUAUUUCUUCAUUGAAUUGAUGGUUUGUAUUCAAAAACAUUUAGCUAAAACAACAAUACAUUCAAUAUCGGAGGAUAGUGAUUCUGAUGAUAGUAUGAAUAAUAAUAAUUUAUGUAAAAUACAAAGAUUGGAUAAUUAUAAAACAGAUCUUAGUUGUUCACAAACAAAUAAAAGUAUUGAUUCAAGAUUUUUUAAUGAUGAUAAUUAUUUAGAAGGAAAACGAUGUGACAAUAUGUUAUUGAAUAAUAUUAGAAAUCAAGAUAAUGAAAUUAAUUAUGAAAAUAUACAAAUAUUGAUUCAAAAUCUUCAACAAUCGGAUUUAGAAUCGAUUAAUUCAUUUGAUAUUGGUCAAAUACUUUCGGAUCUAAUACAUCAUGCAGUAAAUAUCGAAAAUACAAAUACUAAUUUACAACCAUCAUCUAAUCUUCUAACAUUUCUUUCUUAUACACCACAAUUUUUCCAUAUUCUUCGAACAAUUAUAGCUAAUAAAUGUUCAUGUCAAUCAUUAGAUCCAACUAAUUUUCUCGAAUGUCAAUAUUUGAUUGAUAUUCUUCAUAGUUCGGAAUUUAUUCUUGGAUAUCUUCAUCAAUAUUAUUCACAUGAAAAAAUGUUUCUAUUAACAAUUUUAACACAUCUUUAUCAAAUAUUAUCAUCAAUGACUGAUGACAAUAAUUCAUAUCGAUAUCAAUCUAUUUGUCAAUCUCUUUUUAAUAUUCUCCAGAAAUUAAAUAAAAAACAGGAUUCUUAUCUAGAAUGA